GCAGACUAGAGGGCGUCAGUCACCUGUCUGCUCGUCACCUCCGGGAGAAGGUAAACAAACUCCAGCCAGCAGCCCAAGAUCAGCCCAGCCUUCCUCCCUGCCUGUUAUCAAGCUAGUGGCCCCAAUGGAGGCUGUGAAAUAAUGAUUAUCUGUGCUGGAAUCGUGCCACAAAGGACCUGAGGCAAGAUGUGUGGGGAGCGCUGCCGCCUGUUGUGUGCCCAGUGGCGGCUGUGGAUUAGGCCGUUGGUGUUCGUGCUCUAUGGCAGCAUCAUUCUGGGCUUAAUGCCAUACCUCAUAUACACUCUGAUUCAACAUGAUAUGGACGGUUUCACCAUAGCAUGGCUGAUUGGUGGAAUAUUUGUGUUCAUGGCCAUCCCAAUCACACUGUGGGAGAUUGUGCAGCACCUCAUCAACUAUACUAAACCCAAGCUGCAAAAGCACAUCAUCAGAGUAUUAUGGAUGGUGCCUGUGUAUGCUCUUAAUGCUUGGCUGGUGCUCGGUUAUCCCAACUUAGCCCCGUAUUUGGACACUGCAAGAGAGUGCUAUGAAGCUUAUGUCAUCUAUAACUUCAUGAUGUUUCUGUUAAAUUUCCUGGAUGAUGAAAUGGACUUGGAUGCCACGAUGGAAAGCAAGCCCCAGACCAGCCACUUCUUCCCGUUGUGUUGCCUCAAGCCGUGGCGCAUGGGAAGGGAGUUUAUUCAUCGCUGCAAACAUGGGAUCCUUCAGUACACCGUGUUCCACCUGAUGACCACCUUCAUCGCCUUCGUGUGUGGCCAGGCUGGAGUAUAUGAGGAGGGAAAACUCUCCCCCAAGAAUGCGUUUGUGUAUCUGUUUGUGGUGAACAACCUGUCACAGUUUGUGGCAAUGUAUUGCCUGGUUCUCUUCUACAAGGCCAUGAAGAGGGAGCUGGACCCCAUGUCUCCACUUGCCAAGUUCCUCUGCAUCAAAGCUGUUGUCUUCUUCUCAUUCUUUCAAGGUGUGGCCAUCAUGUUUCUGAUGAAAGCACAGUUCAUGCAUGACAUUUUUGGCAUCAAUUCUGGAGACCCUGAUGUAGAUGAGGACAAGGAGAGGGAAGACUCAAGUAUUAUCCAGAACUUCCUAAUCUGCAUUGAGAUGUUCAUAGCAGCAGUGGCACAUCACUACGCCUUCUCCUACAAACCUUAUGUUGAUGAGGAGUACGAGACAGGGAAUUGCUGCCACACAUUCCUCCUCAUCUGGGACAUUUCAGAUGUUCGCUCAGACCUUCGGGAGCAUGUCUACGUUGUCAGUGAAGGCAUGAAGCGGAGACUAACCUCCCGGGGCUCAGGGUGGCCAGGGGGAACCUCCAGCAUGGGCCAUGGCAGCAAUGGCGAUGAACACACAAGACUCAUUGAUCCUCACUCACACUCUGGCCGCCACUACCACCACCGCCACCACCACCAUGACGCAGGCCAUGGCCACCGCUACAUGUCCACCUCAGACUCGGAGCAUGACAUCAUCAUCCAGCAGGGAGAGGAGUCAGACCAAGAUGACAUCAAGGCCAUCUGACACCCAAGUGCCCCUCGGCCCGGCACUGUGGUGUGAGGGUGAGGGACCUCUGAAGGAUGCCGUGGUACGGAGCGAGGGAAGGAGUGCUGUGUGGGAUGUCAUCUGAGCUGUAGUGAUAUUGCUAAUGCUGGAAUGCUCAAGGCUUGGAAGUAUUUUUGUGCAGUUGAUAGCUUGUGUUCAUGAGUACCUUACACAUGAGUUUCAACUUAUGAUUAAGUAGUUUGAAGCUUGUGUUGAUUAUUUAUAGCUACUGGGAAAGGGCCACAAAAUAUUCAGCUUUAGGUUUUGUUGUUCAGGUUUGCUGUGUUCUUGCCAACUUUAUUGAUAAGUUUUUGGUUUCAUCUAUAAGAUGGUAUAUAUUAUAUUGGCUUAGUAUUAUGCUAUUCCAUAUCACUCACUUUGCAUAAUAAGAAGCCUCUCUAAAAUAUUAUAAUUUCUGAUGCAUUUCUUGGGCAUAUAUUCUGUUCAAAAUCAUAUUCACAUGUUGCCUCGCUCAUGCACCUAUUUCCUGCUUGAGCAAAAAAAAAAAAAAAGGAAAAAAAAAAGAAAGGAAAGAAAAA